GUAAACCCGUAGAUUGAAUACGAUCAGUUCGCGCCAAACCAUCUUGUGAGCGGGUGACAUCCGGUGUAUAUACAUAGUUUGUUGCGUGUUUCAUUGGUGAACUCUAGUUAACUUGUUAUUUUGUCACUUGGAAAUAUGGCAUGUGCCACGCUUAAACGAACCCAUAACUUCGACAUCAUGGAAGCCACUUGUUCCAAAAGAAGGCGAUACCAAGCUUUAACUCGGAACUGCAACACGGAGGCAUCAGCGUCAGAAUCCCCAUUCACUCCCAAGGAGUUAUCAACCCAAACUCAGUUGAAACGGCGCAUCAAGGAAGAAAUUAAACGUCUACAACGACGUCGUUUGAUACCACGGUUUCUUGGAGGUCCCACCCCGGCAAUAGCUGCGACAUUCGCCGGUCAUGCAAAGGACGAAAACGUGGUUGCUUCGUGCAGUGGUAGUUUUCGAUCCAUGGCUUUGCGGUCACCUACGUCAGAUAGUCAAGACUCAGAUAGUGAUCAGUCACCCUUGCGUACCAGUGAACCAAUUUUCCAAAAACUUGAAAAUAUCUCAGUUGGCUCCUCACAAUCAUCUUUAAAACCUACACAUACUAUCGAUUCAAUGCCGAUUUUCACCUUACCCCAGGUUACAGCUCUUUGUGAGCGCUUAAUCAAAGAACGCGAAGCAGAGUUACGGGAAGAGUAUGACAGUAUAUUAUCUUGUAAAUUAGCAGAGCAGUAUGAAGCAUUUCUGAAGUUCAAUCAUGAUCAACUCUACAGUCGAUUUCAGAACACCCCAAUGAGUUAUGUGUCAUGAGAGAUGUCACGUGAAUCAAACGAUAGAACCUCCUAUCCCUCAAAAUUAUCUACUGCCUUCCAUCUGGUACCGCAUUAUUGUUGGACUGCUUGAGUUAUUCUGAAGAUGAACUUUAACCAUGUGUUCUUGUUUCUUUCGUGCAACCUCAACUGCCUUUCCCUGAUCUCUAAGCGUUUGCCAACCACAUAGUUUCUUGUGUUUUAAAAUUUUAUUAUAGUUGUACUCGUAUAGCUAAUACGCGCCAUACGUUUCAUGUAAUGGGGAUUGUCAGAUCAAUGCUCAACUAAUUAAACAAAAAAACAUUUAAAGCUCAUUUUCUUUGUUCCUGAAAGGUUCAAUAUAUUGUACUUCUAUUUUCUGUAUCUCUUACCAUAUAUUCUCUGUGAUGAACGAUUUCGAAGGCCUGUUAACAUUCUUAGAAUUUUCAUGCCUUUAAAAUUGAAUAAACUUGGCAAAUAAAUGUGAUCGUUACAAAUUAUUAUUUUUUUGCUAGAUUAGUAUAAAAGAGUUAUGGCUCCCAAUCAUUUGGGUUUAUA